AGCAGGCUAGUUUCAUAGGCUCUCUUUAAGCGUCAGUAAAGCUGCUGCGCUCUCUUUCUUUCAAGCGAAAUGCUCAAGGGCGCAGGCAGCUUGUCUCCAUACUGGGGUCCAAGAAAGAGCUGUACGUGGGAAAGGUCUUUUCUUUGGAGUCGUCGCAGGUUGCUGCUUUCCUCUUCACCGGUCUUGGAAGCAGAGCGGCGUGCGUGGACCCGGGGAGCCUUUCCCGCGUACCGCUAUGUAUUACAAAUUCAGCGGCUUCACGCAGAGGCUGGUCGGGGCCGGCGCUUCUUCUGCCUACACCCCGCAGGGAUUCAAACCAGCGGUACCCAUGGAAUCACCAGCUCUGAUUUUUGGAACACCAACUAAACUUGCCUCUGACUCGUCUUCAACUGUUGAGUAUAUGGGUAAAAACAAGGUUCCAGAGCUGCAAAAGUUGUUUCAGAAACCUGAUGGUGUGCCAGUGCAUUUGAAGCGAGGAGUUCCUGACAAACUCCUUUACCGGACCACUAUGGCACUAACAAUAGGAGGGACCAUUUAUUGUCUGAUAGCGCUCUACAUGGCUGCUCACCCAAAAAGACAGAAGUGAAUGAUUCCAGUUGAAUGGGGACAGAGAUAGUAACUGUAUGGAAAAAAGACUUUAACUCCCUACCGUUACAAUAUGAUUGUUGCAAAUUCUUGGGAUUCCAUUUGACUUUAAGAGAAGUGAUUAGAAAAUGGUUGCAUUCUUAUGCUUAAUAUUAUAAGGAUGAAGUUAAAUACUGGAUUGUUCAGUUUUUCCGGUUCACACCCUUCACUAAACCAGACAAAGUGAUCAGCCUGUGUUAUACUCCUAGCAACAAGGCCCUCUUGAACUUGGUGGCAUGAGCUGAAAGGAAGCUAUGCGUGUCCAUUCCUUACCACCACCUGUCGAGGGAGGAGAGCAUAAAGAGAUGCUAAAUAUAAACUUGACCAAUGGAAGUGAAAACAAUAGACUACUAAUUUACCUCAGAAUGGCAAAUUGAUCAUUUUUUUCUUAACAGUUUGAACAACCUUCUCAAACUCUGUUGGAAGCCUAAUUACUUAAAUGGUUGUUUCUCAAUGAAUAAUAUGUGGCAAAGGGAUAUAGUGCUCUGGCCAGCUCUGUUCUGAAGGUCUGUAUCCUUUAAUAGGCCCACCUUUGUGAGCAUAUCUCUUGGGAGUAGCAUUUCACUUAAGAUGGAUUCUGUAUAGUGACUCAGUGCCAUCAUGUGAUUUCCCUCAGAUCGCUCUCUAAAAUAAAGUUCUAUUUGUUUAAUGUUGGAAUAAAUACAGCAGUAUGAAUACUGGA